AUGCAUCAGAUGUUUAAUGAGACAUUCAGCUUCUUUCUCAGUGAAGCUAAAUUUAUCAUUGUAAACAUCAGUACAAUGCAAAGGAUAUUCUUCCGAGAAAAACCAAUGUCAGACCAGAAUUCAUCAGGUGAUAGUUUGAAUAAAAGUCAGAAAGGAAGCACGUCCCAAGGAACUAUUAAACAAGGUUACCCUACUAUCAGUGGACCACCGUUUUGUGCAGAACCUGAAGAAAUUUCAGAAAACCAAAAUGAGAACACUUAUACUACAAAGAUGAAGAUAAAAGAAUAG